CAAAGCACCAUAGAUUGAAAAAGAUCCAGAAAUUAACAGGUCAGAAAGACCCUAUCCUUUACUCUUCAGCUCAAGAUCCACAGUGGGAAGAAAACCUCAGGAUGGCUUGCACUGAAGCUAACCUGACAGGUGUUUCAGAACUCCCUGUGGGCUGGACCCAGGAAUAUAUACUCUGGUCGAUGGAGCGGAGUCUUCAACAGAUCUUCCGAUACCUAGAAAGCAUAAGAUUAAGGCUUAUGGAACAGGAUUUGCCUGAAUCACAGGAUGUGAUUUCUUCCUCUACCACCUCUGUUCUUGUGACUCAGAAGACUGUUCUAUGCUGUUGUGACUAUAAGAAAGCAAAACAUUCUACUGACCACAGCAGCUCCUUUAGUUCAUCAUGCAAUGACUCCAGUCUGUCUCAUCUUCCUGUCCUUUCUGAAGGAACAACUUGGGAAUUCCGGAGCCAUAGUUUACCUAUUUCCAACAAAAAGCAAUCAUCUGUGUUCAGGAACCAAGGCAAAACCCUGCCUCCUUUUCGUCUCUCAGAGCCCCAGAAACCAAAACUUUUUCAGAAUUUGGCAGAACUUUCACCCUUAAAAUCUCAGAACUCUUUUAUCAGCUCUAUUUCUGAACCCCUAAAUAUCUGCAAACAAAAAAGGAAAAAAAAUGAUGAGAGAAUGAGCAAGAGCCAUUUGACAUCAGAUCAUGAGCCAAAUUCUCUUUCCAAGAAGAGACCACGACUUCCAAGGUGGGCUACAUUCAAGCUCUCUCCUUCAGUUAGAAGGGAGCUAGAAGGACAUAUGUCUCGGAAGGUUUUUGCUUUGCGGCAACAAACAGUACCUUUACCUUUGAGGAAAUCAUGGGCAAUGCUGAAUUAUAUAACUGAAGUACAAGGAGGAGUUGCUAAAUCAGAAAAACCCCAAACUCAGUUCUCUAUGCCCAUUCAUCAAAACACUGAGCAAAAUAUCAACAACAAAUCCUCAGACCUUCCAUCAUUUCAGCUCCAUGUGAAUGCUGGAGUGGGAUCUAGAUCAAAUAGCACAGAAACAAAACUUUCACAGUCACUUAUCUCAGAUAAGCAGUUCCAACCUGGGGAUGGCCCCCAAAUCCUUGGAUCCAAGCCUUUAGUUACAUCAAUAGGCACUCUACCUCCAAGAAGUUUAGAAGUUAAUGUAAUUCAAGAGGAAACUCCUUUACUGAAGAAUGAUCGAAAACACGUGCUAGAGCUUAGUAUAGAGAAGAGGGUCAUAGAUUUUCCAGAAAAAAGGAUACAGCAGCACAAGACACAAGUGACUAAUGUGGAGCUGACCCCAAGGCUAUCAUAUCAAGUCAAAGACAGCAUAAAGGGUCACAGUUGCCAGGUGUCAGAUUUUCAAGGGUAUUUCCAGGACCACUUCUUCAAGGUGAAAAACCUGUAG